AUGCUGGUGGUUGGGGAUUUCAACGCUCGAUCCCAUUUAUGGGAGAACACACACCCCACUGUCCGGGGUGAUGUACUUACGACCUGGGCCGCCGCACUAGAUCAGCGGCUGCUAAACAGCUUUGACGUGCCUACAUGUGUGAAACCUCAGGGAAGUUUGGUCAUAGACCUUUCCUGGGUCUUUCCUGCUACUCUUGCAAAUAUCAGGAAGUGGGAGGUUGCAUCGGAGGAGGAAUCAUUGUCUGACCAUAAGUACGUGUUCCUGGACCUGGGGCCCAGGUGUGGAAUUCAGACGGACAGGCGAGCAGCAAAAGGGUUCCCUCAGUGGAACCUGAAAAUUCUGAAUGGGGAUCUCCUGUGUGCUUGCGUGGCCUCAAGAUUAUGGCCCAGGUUUGAGGAGAACUUAACAGCUGAACAACUGGCAGAACGUAUUCAGUCGGUGCUCACGGAGGCCUCAGAUAUAGCAAUGCGCAGGUCCAGUAACCAUCAUAAACGACCUGUUUACUGGUGGAAUUCGGACAUUGCUGAACUCCGCAACGCAUGCGUGAGACUCCGCAGACUGGACACGAGAGGACGUAAGAAACAGCGUGCGGCGGUCCCACCCCUGGAAGCAGAGCUGGCCCGCGCCAGGGGUGCCCUCAGGAGAGCAAUUAGAGAGACAAAGGACAGGGCCUGGCUGGGACUCCUGGCGGAUGUCGAUGGGGAUCCUUGGGGGCGAGCAUAUAGAAUAGUAUUGGGGAAGAUGAGACCCCAAUCUAAACCGGUGUGCGAAACUUUAUUACAAGCAAAAAUGUCUAGGGUUAUGGCGGGACUCUUUCCUUUGGAGCUCGACAAAUUAGACGAAAGACCCCGCCUACCGGUAUUGUGGGAUGAGGACCACGCGGUCUCGGUGAGAGAGGUAGAAUGGGCUGCUUCAAAGUUGAAACAAUCUGGAAAGGCCCCGGGACCUGACGGAAUUUGGGGGGGCGUUAUCAGUUGA